UCUUCCUUUUUCACUUUGUGCUUGUGUGUUUGAUGACGGAAAAUUGCAAAUAGAUCGCUGAAUAUGGCCAAGAAGAAAAGCGAGGAGCAAUCCAGUGCGGAUGCGAACGACAGCGAUUACCAGGAGGAGCCGAACUUUGAGGAUCCGCCCGGGUUCGUGGACAACAUUAGUGAUGAAGAUCUGCUGGGCGAUAUGCUGGCCCAGCGCCCCUCGGAGGCCGAUGGCGUCGAGAGUGUGGUGGUAGUGGACAACAUCCCGAAGGUGGAGCCGGUGCGCCUGGAGAAGCUGAAGUCGGUCAUCAACAAGCUGUUUUCGAACUACGGAGACAUUGUCAAUGUGGUCUAUCCCGUCGACGAGGAGGGCAAGACCAAGGGCUACGCCUUCAUGGAGUACAAGCAGGCCAGCCAGGCGGAGGAGGCCGUCAAGAAGCUCAACAAUCAUCGCCUAGACAAAAACCAUACCUUUGCCGUCAAUCUUUUCACCGAUUUCCAAAAGUAUGAAAACAUCCCCGAGAAGUGGGAGCCGCCAACCGUGCAGACCUUCAAGGUGCAGAGCGAUCUAUACAACUUCAUCAACGACCCGGACACUUAUGACCAGUACUGCGUGGCAGCGGAGACUGCGCCCAACUGCGUGCAGGUUGGUUUCUGGCAAAACGUAUUGCCCGAACCCUUUGAGCUGGAGACCCGCGAACGCUUCACCGACACCUUCGUCAAGUGGUCGCCCCUGGGUACUUAUGUGGUCACCUUCCACAAACCCGGCGUAGCCAUCUGGGGUGGCAGUAGCUUCCAGAAGAUCCAGAAGUUCCCCCAUCCUGGCACCCAAUUCGUUGAGUUUUCGCCCUGCGAGAAUUACCUGGUGACCUACGGGCCCACACCCACGGGCCAAAAGAUCAUCAUCUGGGACAUUCGCACCGGAGCCGAGAAGCGUUCGUUUGUUGCCGAUGGCAUGUCGGUCCUUUCCAUGUUCCGCUGGUCGCACGACGACAAGUUUGUGGCCCGCAUGGGCGAGAAUUCGAUCCACAUCUACGAGACACCCUCUUUCUAUCUUCUGGACCUGAAGUCCAUCAAGAUUCCCGGCAUUCGCGGCUUCUCGUGGUCCCCCACAGACAACGUGAUCGCCUACUGGGUGGAGGAGCAGAACCAAAUACCCGCCCGCGUUACCCUGAUGGAGAUCCCCAAGAAGCGUGAGAUCCGUAACAAGAACCUCUUCCAUGUUGCCGACUGCAAGCUUCAUUGGCAAAAGUCCGGCGACUAUCUGUGCGUUAAGGUGGAUCGCUACUCAAAGUUAAAGAAGGACAAGAAGGACCUGGACGUCAAGUUUCUGGGCAUGUUCUACAACUUUGAGAUCUUCCACAUGCGCGAGAAGGAGAUUCCCGUCGACUCUGUGGAGAUUCGCGAGCUCAUUCUGGCCUUUGCCUGGGAGCCCAUCGGCAACAAGUUCUCCAUCAUUCACGGCGAGACCAACUCAUCGAAUGUGAGCUUCUACGAGGUGAACAAGGGUGUGAAGCCCAGCUUGGUGAAGCGUCUGGAAAAGAAGUCCUGCACGCAUCUGUUCUGGUCGCCACGCGGUCAGUUUAUCGUGAUGGCCAACCUCACCAUGGGUACCUUCGAGUUUGUGGACUCCACCAACGAUUACAUCAUCACGUCGUCGCCCGAUCAUUUCCGCGCUUCCGAGGUCGAGUGGGAUCCCACUGGACGCUACGUUGUGACUGGUGUCUCGUCAUGGAAGGUGAAGGAGGACACCGGCUUCAACAUGUACACGUUCCAGGGCCGCAUCAUCAAGCGUACCAUCCUCAAGAACUUUGUGCAGUUCUUGUGGCGCCCGCGUCCUCCCACCCUGCUCAGCGAAGAGAAGCAGAAGGAGAUCAAGAAGAACUUGAAGAAGUACUACGCUGCCUUCGAACAAAAGGAUCGCCUGCGCCUUACCCGUGCCUCCAAGGAGCUGCUCGAGAAGCGCUCGCAGCUGCGCGAGACCUUUAUGGAGUACCGCAACAAGCGUAUCGCCGAGUGGGCGGAUCAGAAGAGUCGUCGCAUCAUGCUGCGAGGGCAUGUGGACACAGACAACCUGGAAACUGACGAAGUGGAUGAAGAAAUUGUUGAAUUUUUAGUCAAGGAAGAAGUCACUCUGCUGGAGUAGACGACCCCCUCAACGCCACACCAACGCUUGUCGUCCCCUGCCUACUUCGAAGCGAUCCUGUCGCCUCACAUUUCGUGUCCGGGACGCGUCUACGCCCUGGUUGAUGCCAGGGCCCUAAUCCAUUAUCCAAUACAGUAGCACGCGUCUGCUUGCAAACAACUCUAAGCGGAACCUUUGCCUAUACAUACAACAUACGAACAUACGAAUUAUAAGCCCAAAAGUAAACUUCAACUUAAUCAGCAAUUGCGAACACAACAUCUAAUUAAAUGACCUUUCUUGAGCACACCCCUCCUUCCAGUAUGCCUAAUAGUAGAUUUACCAUGUAUUUGUAUGUAAACAGCAAAAAGAAAACGAAAACAAAAUA